ACCAUUCACUGAGGGACCCGGGAGACUGCGAGGUCCGGAAUCCCGGGUGGAGGACACGGGCUUCUCUAGGAGGGCGUGAAAAUCCCAUGCAUCCACAGGUGCCGCGUGAGGAGUCCUGAGAAAGUCAUUAGUCAACAGCGCUGUCGCUUGAGCCGCCGCCCAGCAGCCAGAGAACGCCCAGGAUUUGUUGAUCUUCAAGGCUGUGAAGGUGGACUUGGUGCAGGAGGAAUGUGAAGGCCUAGACCUUACUCACGGGGCUUUUUACAGAGACCUCCUGUUGGAGAAGUGCAGCAGUCUGGUUUCCCUAGAUCUCACACUCCUCAGCCAGUCCUGCUCACCUGUGAAGCAGAGGGAAGAGCCCUGGAUGGUGAAGAGAGGAAACUGUAGCAAAGGAUCCAGAAGACUUCCCGGGAGUCUUUGUUCCUGAGACAGAAACUCCAAAAGGAGCAACAGGAAAAAUGGCUGCUUCUCUGAUAGAUGUGCCCCAGGAUCUAUUGACAUUCAGAAAUGUGGCUGUGGACUUCUCUGAGGAGGAAUGGGAAUAUCUCAACUCCUCUCAAAGAGCUCUAUACAUGGAUGUAAUGUGGGAGAAUUACAGCAAUCUAGUCUUUGUAGAAAACCAUUGCAUAUGUGGUAAAUAUGAAGAGGACAUGAAUCAAAGCUCAAAUGAUAUUAUCUAUCAACAUUCAAGUAUUGAAGAGAAGUCUUACAAAUAUGAGCCUCAAAAAAUGCUUUAUAAAUCCUCCCAAAGCAUACCUUAUAAUACAAGUGAUACUACAGAAAACUGCAAGAUGUAUGGGAGUGAUAACCAAUGGGAUUCUUCUAAUGAAUCAUUAAACCUAAAGGCGUAUAAAAGUAGGAAUACUGAGGAAGAACAAUACAAAGAUUAUAGGGAGUAUUUAAAUUUGUAUUCCAUCAUUGGCCCAUAUCCACAAAUGGACACUGGAAAGAAAGAACACAAAAUUACAGAAUAUGAUAAAUUUUUUGACUCUAAACGUAAACUCAUGAUAAAACGAAUGUGUAGUGGAGAGAAACCUUACCAAUGCAGAAAGUGUGGAAAAUGUUUCAGGGCCUAUUCAAGUCUCUAUAGGCAUCGAAGAACUCAUCCUGGAGAGAAACCCUAUAAACUUACAGAAUACAAUAAGUCCAUUCUGUAUUUAUCACACCACAAAGUACAUUAUAAUAUCCAUUAUGGAGAAAAACCCUACAAAUGUAUAGAAUGUGGUAAGUGCUAUUAUCAUUCAUCAUUUGAAAAACAUUACAGAAUUCACUCUGAAGAGGAGACUUACAGAUGUAAUGAUUGUAGAAAAUCCUUUAUCUGCUGCUUAGGUCUUAAAAAACACCAUAAAAUUCAUGGAGGAGAGAGGCCUUAUGAAUGUAAACAAUGUAGUAAAUCCUUCUAUACAUCGUCACACCUUGAAAAUCAUUACAGAACCCACCGUAGAAAACUUCACAGAUGUAAUGAGUGUGGCAAAUCCCUUUCCUCCUCUUCAGGUCUUCAAAGGCAUCAAAGAAUUCAUAGAGGAGAGAAGGCAUACAUAUGUGCUGAAUGUGACAAAUGCUUCAUUCAGAAAUCCCAACUUAAAACACAUCAAAGAAUUCAUACAGGAGAGAAAAGUUACAAAUGUAGUGAAUGCGAGAAAUCCUUUACUGUUGGCUCAUCUCUGAGAAUACAUCAAAGAAUUCAUACUGGAGAGAAACCUUACAAAUGCAGUGAAUGUCAAAAGUGCUUCAUUCAGCAAGCCCACCUUAGAAGACAUCAGAAGAUUCAUACAGGAGAGAAACCUUACAAAUGUAGUGAAUGUGAGAAAUCCUUUACAGUAGGCUCGGAUCUUAGAAUGCAUCAAAAAAUUCAUACUGGAGAGAAACCUUAUAAGUGUAGUGACUGUGAUAAAUGCUUUAUUCAGAAAGCAAAGCUUAAAAAACAUCAAAGAAUUCAUACAGGAGAGAAACCUUACAAAUGUAGUGAAUGUGAGAAAUGCUUUACUGUUGUCUCAGAUCUUAGAACACAUCAGAAAAUUCAUACUGGUGAGAAACCUUACAAAUGCAGUGAAUGUGACAAGUGUUUUAUCCGGAAAGCUAACCUUAGAAGACAUCACAGAAUUCAUACAGGAGAAAAACCUUACAAAUGCAGUGACUGUGGCAAAUGCUUUAUCCAGAAAGCCAAUCUUAGAACUCAUGAGAGAAUUCAUACUGGAGAGAAACCUUACAAAUGUGAAUGUGGGAAAUCCUUUACAGUUGGCUCAGAUCUUAGGAAGCAUCAGAAAUGUCAUACUGGAGAAAAACCUUACAAAUGCAGUGAAUGUCACAAGUGUUUUAUCAGGAAAGCCCACCUUAGAAGACAUCAAAGAAUUCAUACUGGGGAGAAACCUUACAAAUGUAGUGACUGUGGCAAAUGCUUUAUCCAGAAAGCCAAUCUUAGAACACAUCAGAAAAUCCACACAGGAGAGAAACCUUACAAAUGUAGUGAAUGUGACAAAUGCUUUAUCCAGAAAGAUCACCUAAGAACACAUCAGAGACUUCAUACAGGAGAGAAACCUUACAAAUGUAGUGAAUGUGAAAAAUCCUUUACUGGUGGCUCAGUUCUUAGAAAACAUCAGAAAAUUCAUACUGCAAGAAGCCUUACCAAUGCAAUGAAUUUGACUAAUCCUUUAUCCAAGAAGCCUACCUUAGAACUCAUCAAAGAAUUUAUACAGGAGAGUAGCCUUUUAAAUGCAAUGUAUAUAGCACAGUCUUUACCUGUCUCUCAUGUCUAAGAAAGCACCAGAAAAUUCAUACAGAAAACAAAAGUCUCUAUAGUAAAUAGUGUAAUAUAUGCUUUAGACAAGCUCUGUAGUAAUAGACCACUACAGGUUUCACACUAGAGAAUCAUGAACAUGAGAAACUUGAGAACACCUUUGAGUAAUGUUCAAACGUUAGGAAAAAAAAAAAAAUCAAGACUCUAUACCGAGGGAAAAUGCUGCAAAUGUGACAUUUGUUUAAAUGUUUCUUUUUCAAACUCAAAUAUUUCACAAUGACAACAAAAUGGAGACGCCUGAAGAAAAAAUGUUCUGUUGUGUACAUUCCAUCCUAUAAGGACACUGAAUAAGGCAGGAAAUAAACUCAAAACAUCUUCAGGGAGUACCUGAAACUGACAGGAUUCACUGUGCUUACUUUGAAGAAACUCAUACCAGUCUUGCUGCUUAGAAGACAUUAGAUGCUCUGAGCCAGUAAGAUAUGAUGACCUUUAAUCAGUAGAUAUGACUAGAGGUGUGUAGUGUGCUGUGGGUAUCCAGUGUUCAUAAGCUGUAUUUCAUGCUGGCUUGGAGUUUCAUGGUACAACUGUCUUUUAUUCCUAUAAGCAGCUCCAUUCUCGUAUUUAUGUAAGUAACCCCAAUAAAGCCCAUUGGUUAAACAAGAUGGAUUUCAAUGGCAAGCGUACUUGGUUUUGUUAUGAAUUCCCAUUUUAGCUGAGUGGGUACAUAUGAAUGUUGUGUCUUGCCAGGAAAAGUCUCUCAUACAACAUGUGCUGAACCCAUUAAUUGUUCCUUAAAACUUGUUUGGCAGAAAAUCAGUAUUAGAGAAAAAACAUUUGAUUAAAGUAUGGAAGUUCUUUGUGAUUACUGUUCCAGGCUUACUACUAUGGUAGUACAUGAUCCCAUUAAAAAGACUCUGCACAGACAGCAUGUAGAGGCUUAGGGAGCCUGAGAAAGAAGGCUACUCUCUUCCUUGUAUUCAUGGAAGAGAGUGAGAAGUCCUUGGUGAGACAAAUGAAAAUAUGGCUACAAACCUGUGUUACUGACAGAUAACAUCUAAACUGGGCUAUUUCCAAAUAUGACUCUGAGCUCAUGCUUAGACCCCAUGAUUCAGUCCAACUCCAAUGACCCUCAGAACACCACUAUCUAUGAGCAAAUACAAAAAAGAAAAAAAAAAAAAACACUGCUAUUCUCAUGUCCUGUUGUACUUUAGAAAUCCCACUCUACAAGCCUCAACAAAUGAACUGAAUUCCUUUUGUUAAAUCCUUUACACAAAGCUAAAAUUGUAAACAUCAGAAAACUAAGCAUGAAAUAUAACCACAUAAAAUGCUUUAAUAAAGGCUUAUAUUUGCUUUAAUUUUAUGUAUAUGUCCUUCCAUACAAAUAUCAAGAGAUUAUGAAGCAUAAAAGAGAUAACCUAUGAAUAAGAGAAGACAUACAUGCUCAUAUACAAUUUAGAUAUCCCCAAAGGUAUACUGGGUACAAUAGAGACUUAGUCAUCUGUAAUGGCACUUAGCAGUCUGGAGAAUGCAACUAGCUUGACUGACUCCUGGGGUGCCAAUUUUUAGGUGUUCCAUAGAUUGAGGCUCCUCUGCUUGAUAUUAGAUUGUUUUCCUACCUAAUUCACAGAUUUCCUGUGGUAAAUUUGUAAACUUGUGCACAAUGAAGAUACCUCACCUUGUACCCUCUGGUAUAUGAUGGCAGCAACAUGUGGGAGGCUGUAGAGAGCAGGUCAAGGGCAGCCAGACAUCUGGAGUUGAGUUGAAGGUAGACUGGACAGAGUGGGACAGAUGGGUUUAGCUAAGAAUGGGACAAUCACCUAAUCUGAUAAGUGAUGGGGAAAUGAAAAGUAGGUUGUGUGGCAUGAGAAAUUCAGCAUUUGGGAAAGGCUAGAUUAUAGGACCCAAAUAGAGGAUGCACUUUUUAGGGACAGGAAAACUUUCAGCGGUGAGGGCAUCCUGUGUAAAGUUAUCUGUGUAGCACUCUCCCCUUAGGAGAGUUUUUAGUCAGAAGUGCAGUGGGUGAAAACUGCAACCCAAUUGACAUGGAAAGUUGUGAAACAGGCAGUAGGAACCUAACCAGGGCUUUCACUAGGAUUUCUCCUGCUGUGUGGGAGAACAAAGGCUCACAGAAUUUUGUUGUGGAUAUCUAUCCAUGUUCAUAAACUUUAGGUCAUAGGAACUGGGCCUUAAUAGUUUGUUUUUCAUUUAUCUUAUAAUUGCCAGCAUAAUUACAGAAGAAUAAUCUGGAGGAGGGUUUGUAUUAUCUCUUGUUUGCAAACAUGGUGCUCAUGCUAUUGUAGCAAUUACAAACCCCUGGGAAUUUAAAUUCAUCCCUGCUUUCUAACUCCCCUGCUCUACCACUUGCCUAUUCAAGAAUUGGAAUAGUGAAGAGAGUGGAAUUUGUUUUUGGGACUAGUAUCCCAAGAGCUUUUUAGAAAUUAGUCCCAUAAGGAACCAAUGCAGAUUUAAUGGAAGCUGAACAUACACUUUACUGAUUUCUAAAGUAAUGGUUAAACACAUUAACACUAAGCCAAUUUUCACUCGUUAAUUUUCUGCCUGAGAUGUAUGGACUUUAGCAUAUAAAUA